GAGAAGCGCUGAGCAGGGGAGCGGAGCGGUGCCGCGUUCCGGGUCCCGGAUCCCGGUUCUCCGGUCCUAGUCCCAGGCUGGUUCCUCUCGGUGACGCCGGGUCCUUGCAGCCGGCUCUGCCCGCGGACAGGCCAUGGCUCCCUAGUGCCCCCGGCCCGGCGGCGAUGGCGGCGCAGCGCAUCCGAGCGGCCAACGCGGGCGCGCUGCCGCGGUGCAAGUCGGAGGGGACGCUCAUCGACCUCGGCGAGGGCCUGCCUGAAACCAGCCUCUGCGAUGUCAAAGUGCCUUCUCCUAGUGCCUUGCUGAUUGACAAUCCCACAUGCUUUGGAAACGCGAAGGAAGUGAUAGCAAUCAAAGAUUACUGUCCAACUAAUUUCACCACUUUGAAGUUCUCUAAGGGGGACCACCUUUAUGUCUUAGACACAUCAGGAGGGGAGUGGUGGUACGCUCACAACACCACUGAAAUGGGUUACAUCCCUUCCUCCUAUGUCCAGCCUGUAAACUACCGCAACUCUUCCUUAACGGAUAGCGGGAUGAUCGACAAUCUACUGGAGAGCCCUGACGAAGGGGUCAAAGAGUUAGACCUGCUUGGAGAAUGGACUGAUGUGAAAAGGACCUCUGCAAAAACCUACAGUAACAACCCGUUCUUGAAUGGUGUCCAGACAAACCCAUUUCUGAAUGGGAAUCUGCAAAGAGUGCCCAGCUCGGACAGAGAGUCCAAUUCCAAUGUCACUGUUGACUUGCUGCUCUUUGACACAGGGGCUCCUGCUUCAGCUGCUUCCAGUUUGGCUGCUAAUAGCAGCCUGGGUAACAUUUUUGAUGAGUUUCCCUCUACAACUAGGCUGGAUCUGGAGCAGCCUGUGAAAAGGGACAAUCCCUUCUUCAGAAGUAAGCGCUCCUACAGCUUGUCUGAACUGUCUGUUCUUCAGGCCAAGUCAGAUGCUCCAGCAUCAUCAGGUUUCUUCAGCGGUCUGAAGUCUCCCACCCCUGAGCAGUUCCAGAGCCGGGAGGAUUUUAGGACAGCGUGGCUGAACCACAGGAAGCUGGCUCGGUCUUGCCAUGACUUGGAUUUGCUUGGUCAAAAUCCUGGUUGGGGUCAGACGCAACCGGUGGAGACCAACAUUGUCUGUAAGCUGGAUAGCUCUGGUGGAGCCGUUCAGCUUCCAGACACCAACAUCAGCAUCCGUGUGCCAGAAGGUCAUGUGUGCCCUGGGGAAACACAGCAGAUCUCCAUGAAGGCAAUGCUGGAUCCACCGCUGGAGCUGAACAGUGACAAGUGCAGCACCAUCAGCCCGGUCCUGCAGAUCAAACUCAGCAACAUGGAGGUGAAAACCUUCAUCAUUCUGGAGAUGAAAGUAUCAGCAGAGGUUAAGAAUGACAUCAUGAGCAAGAGCUUGGUAGGACUGCAGUGUCUGCGGAGUGACAUGAAAGAGGGGCCGUACACACCGAUGCAGCUGAGCUACUCCUAUGGGGACACAAUCCAGGUGCAGCUGGAGAACCUGGAGCCUUGCAUGUACAUCGCGGCCGUAGCCCAGGGGCAGAACAUCCUCUAUCCUUACACCGUGUGGGAUUACAUCAGCAAGAAGAUCACGGUUGGUGUCUACGGCCCAAAACACAUUCACCCCUCCUUUAAAACUGUUGUGGCCAUGUUCGGGCAUGAAUGUGCGCCCAAGACUCUCCUGGUGAAUGAGGUCACGAGGCAGUCCCACAGCCCAGCUCCUGUUGCCCUCCAGCUCUGGGGUAAGCAUCAGUUUGCUCUGUCCCGGCCUCAGGACCUCAAGCUCUGCAUGUUCUCCAACAUGACCAACUAUGAGGUGAAAGCUAGCGAGCAAGCCAAAAUCGUGCGGGGCUUCCAGAUGAAGCUGGGCAAGGUCAGCCGCCUCAUCUUCCCCAUUGCAUCCCUUGACCCCAAUGAGCUCUCAGACUUCACGCUGAGGAUACAGGUCAAGGAUGACAAGGAUGCCAUUUUGACCCAAUUCUGCGUCCAGACACCGCAGCCACCUCCAAAAAGUGCCAUCAAACCGAUGGGGCAGAGGCGGUUCCUCAAGAAGAAUGAGGUCGGCAAGAUCAUCCUUUCACCUCUGGCUGCCACCACCAAGUAUCCGGUUUUUCAGGACCGGCCAGUGUUGAGCUUGAAGUAUGGCAAGCUGCUGAAGACGGUGGUAAGGCAAAGCAAGAACCACUAUUUGCUGGAGUAUAAGAAAGGAGAUGUCAUAGCCCUCCUCAGUGAGGAAAAGAUCAGGUUAAAAGGGCAGCUGUGGACCAAGGAGUGGUAUAUUGGCUACUACCAGGGAAAAAUAGGCCUUGUACACACCAAAAACGUGCUUGUGGUUGGGAAGGUCAAGCCCAGCUACUUCUCUGGGCCAGAUCUGACCACCAGUCUAUUGCUUGAGCAGAUCCUGAGGCCCUGCAAGUUCCUGACCUACAUCUACGCCUCUGUGAGGACUCUGCUCAUGGAGAACCUCAGUAGCUGGAGGUCUUUUGCCGAUGCUCUGGGGUACUUGAACUUGCCGCUCACCUUCUUCUGCAGAGCAGAGCUGGACAGUGAGCCAGAGCGAGUGGCCUCUGUCUUGGAGAAGCUGAAGGAAGACUGCAACAACACUGAGAACAAGGAGAGGAAGUCUUUCCAGAAGGAGCUGAUGACGGCCCUGCUGAAGAUGGACUGCCAGGGGCUGGUGGUGCGGCUCAUCCAGGACUUUGUGCUGCUGACCACAGCAGUGGAGGUGGCCCAGCGCUGGAGGGAGCUCGCCGAGAAGCUCGCCAAGGUCUCCAAGCAGCAGAUGGAUGCUUAUGAGGCCCCGCACCGGGACAAGACAGGGACAGUGGACAGCGAGGCCAUGUGGAAGCCUGCGUAUGACUUCCUUCUCACCUGGAGCAGCCAGAUGGGCGACAGCUAUCGCGACGUGAUCCAGGAGCUGCACACUGGGCUGGACAAGAUGAAGAACCCCAUCACCAAGCGCUGGAAGCACCUCACUGGCACCCUGAUCCUCGUCAACUCCUUGGACAUGCUGCGGGCAGCUGCCUUCAGCCCACAGGACCACGAGGACUUUGCCAUCUAGGUCCUGCAGUGCUGGUUUUGUCCGUAUCUCCUUUGCUGGCGUGUUUUUCCUGUGCUUUUUCCCCUUUCUUAAGCAGUUGACUCUAAAAAGAGAUGGAGGUUGUUGCUCUUCUUGGGCUUUAAGAGGCCAAAGUUUCUAAGUUCUCCACCAGGACUGGGAAUCAGCAGGAGACAUCCCUCCUUGAUGGGAAGGCAUCCAGCAGGGAAUGGCUUUUCCUAUGGCAUUGAUACCACUUCUUUCUUACUAAAAAACUUUCAAGGGGGGGAGGGAACGCGAGAGAGAUCCCAUUUUUUAGGCAUUUACAAAUAAAAGUCUACUUUUUGUAACAAGCAGGAAAGGUUGGAACCACGGGGGGGGGCUGUGUCUCUUUUUUACACUAUAGAACCCCCUUUUAAAUCGUUUCGGAGACAAAUGUGAGUCAUGUAAAUGUGUCUUUUGAAGAGGAAAGCACAGUAAAUGCCCUUCCUCCCCACCACGGGCAGGCUUGGGCAGGCUACCAGGCAGUAAAGCACUGUGGGAACUGGGGAUGUUCUUAGCCCAACAAGCAUCUUUCACCAGAAAGGGUUUAUUUUAACAGGGAAUGUUUAAGUGCUCACACACCAUGUAGACGAGGCCCUCAGUGACAUAGGUUAGUGGUGGCCUUGGCAGUGCUGGGGAAUGGUUGGACUUGAUGAGCUUAAAGGUCUUUUCCAAGUGGUUGAUUCUGUGAUUCUCUGAUUUUAGGUUUUGUUCUCAAUUUCGUUGAUUUCUGUUUGAUUUUCAUGUCUCUGCAAAUCUGUGUUUUCUCAUGGCAGGGGAUUGGAACUGGGCAAUCUUAAGGUCCUUUCCAACCCAAACCAGUCUGGGAUUCAAGGAUGCCCUGGCCAUGUGCCUCCUUGCUCCUACCUGGUCUGGGCAAGAAGGGCACCAGCCUUUGAUGUGGGCAGUUCCCCCUUACUGCUGACUGACUCUCUCUUAACACUUCAACUUUCAAGGAAGGAUUUGGCUCUUUUUCCCCUUGGGCCAAUGAUAGGAACAAACUCCUUCAGCACCCGUCCCCUUGCGAGUGCAUUUACACCAUCUCCUCGUCUGCUUCAGCCAUCACAAUUGAAUGAUGAUCUUGCAGCGGCUCAGCAUUAAUGACUGAAGAUGAUGUGUCAGAAGAGGAGAGGGAAGAAAAGUCACCUCUGGGUUAUCAGUGUCUGUAUAGAAGAGCUGGUUUAUCCAUGAGGUUUGCUUUGUCCUCGCCAGCGCUCAGUGUCUGCAUGUCCAGUUCAGUGUGCAAUGAGAACCAGAGACUGAUUAAAAGCCCUGGAGCUCUGUGGGCAUCUAUUUCCAUCCCUGGAAAUCCCCACUGAAAAGCAAUUGCUUUGCUUCCUUUCCAGCUCUUAAUUAAAUGCUCCUUGUGGAUUAGCUGCUGUGAGGACACCCCUGUCUUGCAACAGGAGGAGCUGAUCACAAGUGCUUAGAGGAAAGAAGGUGGUUCAAGGGCUGCUCAUAGGUUUUCCUCUUAGGGCAGGUUUCUUUGUCACCAAGGUCCAUCCCUCCCCAGGGCUGUCACCUCCUCUCAUGGCCAUAGCCCACAUGCCUGGUGGAGACCCAAAGGUUCUCUUUCCUUUGUAGGAAACCCCUUUGGUGAGGGUCAUGAUGCAUUGCUUGGACUCGCGAUGGGCUUUGCUGGCAUCUCAAGCCCAUCUGGCUCCAGAAUCCAGUUCCAGGCUUGGGUUUCCUUGUCUGCUGGACCCUUUUGCACCUUAAUAACCCAAAGCCAACUUCUUCAGGCCUGAUGCCUCAGAAAACAUGGGCUUGAAUGACUGUAAAUAGAUGGAGGUGGUGUUCAUCCCUGGAAAUGCGGCUCCCAGAGUGACCCUCUAAAGCCUCCUGUUGGAAGCCCUUUGUUCUGAUAACAGGCUUUACCCCAAGCAUCCCCUGGGGCUCACCUCUUCACAGACUUAAUCCACUGGUGAAAUUCAGGGACUUCCAAGCUACAGGUGACACAUUUAAGGCUUCUUUAUUAUAAUGGGGGUAGGAAAGCAGGAUAUAAAGGUGUGUUUUUCCCAAAGGCUAUGUGCAGAGAAACCUGGCCAAAAGAUAGGCAAGCUUUACUCACUGAGCAGUGAGGGGAUGACUGAUGGCUUGGUUUGGGGUGGAAGGACCCUACAUGGAAAGGAGCCUCAGGCUGGGAUCACCAUGUGUUGGGUUUGUUAUUGCACACCAGACUCGCUCACUGCUGGGUUGUGGUUUCCCCUUCUUCCCCCUGCCCAUCACUGGCUUCUUUCUCUACACUGAAAUAAUUUUGCACCCACUCUAAGGAGUUCAGACCAACCAUUUGUAGCCGAGACUCGAAGGGACAGCCCCACCAUCUACUUGAGCAGCCUCCAGAACAUACCAAGCCCCAGGUUCCUGCCCUGCUCUGAUUACCCCCCACUGAAUGGUAAUUAAAGCUUCCAGCAGAUGC